AUGACUCAUUCUAAUUCUAUCACACUACCUGAAUUAUUCUGCCUAACAUUUCAACCUGAUACAUUUGGAAUAAUCUACGACAAACUGCCCUGUAACAACACACUGGUUGAAUUCUGCUUCACUGUGAUGCCAAUGUAUUUUUCACUAGUUUGGUUCAACUGGAUUUAUUGCAUUUUUGGAUUCAUUCUACUGAUUGAUUUAUUGAUACUGAUUUGUAGUAAAAGCAGCAAGGAAGAGAUCAUCAACACCUCAAGUGAUUUCGUCAGAUUCAAAAUCAUCACAAUUGUAACAAUAGCAGUCUUCUUAGCUGAUUUCAGGGUUUAUGAUUCAGCCAGACUUGGGAAGCAAAUGGGACAGAGAGGACUGAAGUUGAUGGAUGUUGGUGCCGUUCUAUUUGCAAUCAAUGCUGGAUUCAUUUACUCAAUUUGUAGCAGAAUGAGACUGCUCUACGCAAUGACAAUCUCAGCUGUUUUGGGCCUUGUUAGAUUUGGAUCCAUUCAUUUUGGUAGGAAUGUGCGAUAUGACAUGCGUGAAUUCGGCCAAUUCAUGAACUUCUUCUUCAUUCUGGCAAUUUGUACUGGAUUCUUUCUGGCUGGAAUCAACUACGAAUGGAUUGGUGAAAUAUUGUUGAUUAUACAUGAAAUACUGUUAAGGUUAUUUCUAGAAGAAAGAAUACUAAGAACAGAACGUAAUACAUUUUAUAGUGCCAAUAUAGAAGGUGUAUCAUACAUAAUACCAAUAUUAGGUGUAAUGAUGAUAUUCUACAACAUAGGUAAAGACUAUUUUGGAAAGAGAGAGAAGAAGUAUUUGGUAAGGAAGUACAGUAUAAAGAUAGCAUUCUAUGUGAUUGUAUACUGUGGCAUGAGAGAAAGAAGCAUUUUUAGGAGAACACACAACAUGACAUUCAUGUUAGCCAAUGUGUUGUUGAUAUUGGGAAAUGGAAUUGUAUCGGAAUGUUUGUGUAGAAUUGCAAGAAAGAGGUUUAGAUUGGUUUAUGCAACAAGUAGAAGCAUGUUACAGAAGUUGCUGUUGAGUCAGGUUGGUAUAAUGGUGUGUAAGAGGUGGAAGUGGAACAAAAGUAGGAGUAAUAUCAGCAUUCAUGUCGUAAACCUGAUGUAUUUGCUGAUUUUACACGUAGCAAUUCCAAGAUUGUUACUUCUAAUACGACAAAGAUGCAUAAAAUGA